CACUGUCACAGAGCACGUCACGUUUUGUUGGGAUAAAGUAAAUGAAUAAAAGGAAAAUACUUACUAUAUUCUUUUCUUCUUUCUUUGUUCAUUCAUAACUGCUGCCUUUUGUAUUCAUUCAUUCAUUCUCUUUCCCCACUUCAUCUUCUUUAAGACUUUAAGAUCUCGCUUUCUCUUUCUCUCUGUAUAUUUUGAAUAAUCAAAAGGAGAAGACGGAGAAGCAAAGAGGGGAAAAAACCUUUACUUGUUUAAGUAAAGAACAGUCGAAGUAAUAUUUUUAAGGCACUACAUUUGGUUUUUGUGUGGAAAAGGGCAAGCAAUUUUGAGAUAUAAAGGAUACUUGUUGCCUACAUGGAUGGAUAUACUGGUAAAAGAGCUGUUAAUGGACUUGUACCUGGCAAGGGAUCAGGUCUCAUCUUGAAGGAUCAUGUUAAUAUCAGAGAACAAAAUCCACAAUUUUGCAACCGUAUUGGAUGCAGUAGGAGGCUGAACUCCACGAAAGGAACACCAAAUUGCUACUCUGGAAAAGCCAAAUGUUCGAAGCCUUCUUACCACCCUUCAUCGAGUGGCAAGGAAAUUAUUGGAAGUUCCUCUGGGGUAUACACUGAAGUUAGCAACACUAGAAAAUCCUCUACAAAUAUUCUCAGAAAGCUAUCAUCUCAGCUGGAAAUAGAUUCAUCUGAAACUAGUAGUGUUCAGGAAGAGCCAGAGGUGUCAGAGCUCUUAUCUCCUCUAGGAAAGAUUCAAGGAGGGUUGCAGCCCGAAUCUGAAGAUUCUGAUUCUGGCGAAGUUGCUGUACUGGAAGUGGGAAGCUCCAGCGUAGCAUCAAACACAAAACGGGGGAGAAGCUUUAUUCAGAACUCUAGGCUGGGCAACCAGGAUACUCUGGCUAGUCCAUCUGUUACUUUGGCAUCUCGAAGUGCUUUCCAGGCAACUCAAGGUAACACAAGCAAGUACGGUUUGAGAAAUUUAGGAUGUGACUCUAUUUCUGUUGUUGCCCCUGCCGGUUGCUCAUCAUCAGAUUCAAGCUUCAGCAGAAGGAAAAAUUCGGUAAAAAAGAGAGAUUCUGAAGGAGAGAGUAGUUCCUCCACCUGGGGAAAGAAGUUGAGUGGGUCAUCUCCGGAGGGACUGAACAAUAGUUCUAGCCUCAGUGUUUCAAUUUCUGAUUCAAGGCGAGCCAGAAAUUGGUCUUCUAAUAGGGAUUGUGGUAUUGCUUCUUCAGUUAGGACUCAGAGAUCAAACAGUAGUUAUGGUAGAGGGAGACUCCCUAACCAAGCAAAUGGAAAUAGUUUAACUUUGAAUGAGUCACCCAUAGUCAUCCCACAGGCACCUCAAUCUCAUAUUCGUACUGAUAUGAAUGCUCUUGUUCCCAUAGAAACUGCCUCAACUCGUACUAGUUCUUACAGUCGAUCAGGUAGUAUAGAUGAGAGUUUACGAAGUUUCAUGCCUUCCAGUCCUUCAGAAGUUAGUGGUUACCACUCUUCAGUGAACCGGGGUAGCUUCCAGCACUACAAUAUGGAUGGCUUUGCAGAGGUAUUAUUAGAACUUGAGAGAAUUGAACAAGAUGAAGAGUUGACAUACGAGCAAUUACUUGUUCUAGAGACCAGCUUGCUCCUUAAUAGCCUGGACUUCUAUGAUCGGCAUAGAGAUAUGAGAUUGGAUAUAGAUGAUAUGUCAUAUGAGGAAUUACUAGCUCUAGAAGAAAGGAUGGGAACUGUUAGCACUGCGGUACCAGAAGCAGCGUUAUCAAAAUGCCUUAAGAGUGGUAUCUACAAGGCAACAUCUUUGGAGGAUGCAAAUGUCAGAUUUGAGGGUGAAAAAAAUGAUAUCAAAUGCAGCAUAUGCCAGGAAGAGUAUGUUAUUGGGGAUGAAGUAGGGAGGUUGCAUUGUGAGCAUAGGUAUCACAUUGCAUGCAUACAAAAGUGGCUACGGAUGAAGAACUGGUGCCCUAUUUGCAAAGCAUCAGCAGAACCCACCCAGUCGUGUUCGCCUACUUCAUAUUUGAGUUGAAUUUGACAAAAAGGAAGCAAGAAUUUGCAAAGCAUCAGCAGAACCCACCCAGUCUUGUUUGCCUACUUCAUAUUCGAGUUGAAUUUGACAAAAAGGAAGCAAGAGACCGAGUUUAUCUUCAGCAUUUUUUUAAUGAUCAUAUCUACCCCUUUCAUGUCAAGUUGUCAACCAACUUACAAACCAGGUGCUCUUGGCUUUGCACCAAAACUCAUUCUCCCAUAUAAGAAAUGUGAAUAUGAAAACACGCUUGUUGGUACUGUUGUUUGCCGCAAAUAUUAGUUAGGUGCAUGAUGAACUUGUUUUCUUACAUCAGCUGGUAAUUUGAAGGUUGAAUAAA